GCUGUUCCGUGCCUCGAUGCUGAUGCUCAUCGCCCUCAACGGUCACUGCUGCAGCUCUCACUUAUUGAUAUAACAGCAGAAACAUCUUUCUCCUCAAGAACAGUCAUUCCUUUCAGAGAAAAAGAGAAGGUGUGGUGCUUCAUUCUCUUUUCAUUCACAAGGCCGUGGCCAGAAAGCUGUAUGGAUGGGACGGGGAGCAGAUUCCACACACACACGCGCGCGCACGAGCACCCACGCACGCACAAGGCAUGGGCAGGACCUUGUUUAGCGUCGGACACCUGUGAUGGAGUACAUCUGGAGAGAAAGUCCAGUGGUGGAGUGUGGAAUCUCCUACUGCGAGAGAGGUUCUCCUCCGGGUGCUGAGCAAAAAGCAGAACAAUUUUUUUUCAUCAUGAACACAGACAAACAUCCUCAAUUUACCGCCCCAGAUGGAAACGGGAUGGACGUUUGCAGUGAUGUUGCAGAUGUGAAGCCACAGGAGGAGGAAGAAGAGAGGGAGGAUAAGUCAUUCUGUGAGAAUGGAAUGCAGUGUGCUGAAGGUGUGACGGAUCCACGUGCGAUAAAGACAGAGGCAGAGGAGAUGGAAGACAACGAGCACUUCCCCAAUGCUGAAGAAGAAAGAGAGAUUGUACCAAAAGAGGAAGCAGAGGGGGCCAGUGAGGACGGGAUGGAGGAAGGAUUUGAUGAGGAGAGGACAGAGGAGGACGAUGAUGAGGAGAGGGACGGAGAGGGGGAUGAAGAGGGCGAUACCCUGAACGAGCCACAGGACCUGUCACUGGUGGACUACUCGCGUUACGACAGCGCGGCCCUGCCAGACACCCACGCACCAGCAGCAGCUGGUGCAGAAGGGACCUACAUGCCUGGAGCCGUGGCCCCCCGCAUCCAGGCGACAGGCAAACUCAACUGUGACAUCUGUGGCCUGUCCUGCGUCAGCAUCAACGUACUGUUGGUGCACAAGCGCAGCCACACGGGUGAGAGGCCAUUCCAUUGCACUCAGUGCGGGGCCUCCUUCACCCAGAAGGGAAACCUGCUUCGCCACAUCAAACUGCACUCCGGGGAGAAGCCUUUCAAAUGCCCCAUGUGCAGCUACGCCUGCCGUCGACGUGACGCUCUGAGCGGGCACCUGCGCACCCAUUCUGUAGAGAAGCCCUUCAAGUGCAACCACUGCAGUCGCAGCUACAAGCAGCGCAGCUCCCUCGAAGAGCACAGGGAGAGGUGCCAUGUGUACAUUCAGAGCAAAGGUCCCGCUGACAGAGCAGUGGAGGACGGCCAGACAUCCAGGACUCAGAUGGGCACUGAGCGUGCUCUGCUGCUCGACAGGCUCGCCAGCAAUGUAGCCAAACGGAAGAGCUCAAUGCCACAGAAGUUCACUGGCGACAGUGGUGUCUGCCUGGACCUGAGUUUUAACAGGGAGCUGGUCCACCGAACUGACAUCAAGGACCCUCCGCCAGGCUCCCCAGGGCCCGACGCCCACCAUCAGCAAAAACCCAUCCUCUCAGGGCCAGACAGCGACCCAGCUCCCUCCCAUAGGCCCUACCCCAUCCAGUUAGGCCGCAACAACAUGAGCCCCAUGGGCCUCACCAACGGCCACAAGAUGGGCAUGCCACUCCUGGGCCUCCCUCACGCUGCCCAGCCACCCCUCGGCAUGGACUCAUUCCACACUGACAGCUCCCAGAUGUCCCAGCCCGUCAUGUACAGCUUAGGGCACCUGCUGGGGGGGCUGAACCACCAGAACGGCAUCCCUCAUCCACACGCCCAGCCCAUCCCCUUGUCGCCGCUGGAGGCUUUACGGGUGGUGCGGGGCGAUGGGGAGGCUGCAGCGCUGCCCGGGGCGGUGUACCCCUGUGGCCACUGCAGGGUGAUCUUCCUGGACUAUGUCAUGUUCACCAUCCACAUGGGGUGCCACGGCUUCCGCGACCCGCUCGAGUGCAACGUCUGCGGCCACCGCAGUCGGGACCGUUAUGAGUUCUCUUCCCACAUAGCUCGCGGCGAGCACCGCCUAGAACUGAAGUAGCUUUCAUUCAUGCAGACGUUAAUGCUUACACACACACAUAUGCUGAGACAUACAUACAUAUGCUGUAUGAGCACACACACACAGAUUUACUCAUAUAAGUAGCUGGUAGUAUCAGAAAUGAAAGCAUGAAAUAGCAGCUAUCUCUCUCUGUGUCUGUCUGUCUAUCUUUGUGUGUGUGUGUGUGUGUGUGUGUGUGUGUGUGUGUGUGUGUGUGUGUGUGUGUGUGUGUGAGAGAGAGAGAUUGAAAGAGACGUUAUAGGAGUGUGACGGGUGUCAGAGUGUUCUUAGUCAUACUGUACUCAUCUGAAAAGAUGGCCUGUAAAGUUUUUAUGCGGGAGUAAUUCUACUUCCUUUUCAUAUAUACAUUUGUACUUAAUGAUCCCUGCUGUAGCCGCUGUUUAUAUCAUAUAGCCAUAUGCCAUAUAUACAUUCAAAUGUUCAACAAAGUAGCAAAAAUGAACGCAUUGUGUAUCUGCUGUCGUUUUUUUACUUCCAUCUGUGUAAAGGUGUAAAAAUAAAAGAGACCACUUUUUUCCUUCA